AUGGCCUGUUGCGCUACCAGCUUCUGUGGGUUUCCCAGCUGCUCCUUCGGUGGGAACUUUGGCUCCGGCUGCUGUGGCCAGGAGGGAGGCUCUGGAGCCAUGAGCUGCAGAGUCCGGUGGUGCCGCCCAGACUGCCGUGUGGAGGGCACCUGCCUGCCUCCCUGCUGCGUGGUGAGCUGCACGCCCCCCACCUGCUGCCAGCUGCACCAUGCCCAGGCCUCCUGCUGCCGCCCAUCCUACUGUGGACAGUCCUGCUGCCGCCCUGCCUGCUGCUGCUACUGCUGCUAG